AUGUCGAAAUCGGAGUACGUAGGCGCGUCGCGUGCAACUAAGUGCCGCGUAUCGGCUCGCGGCGGAUUAUCCGCACCGAGCACAGUUAGCCGCGAAAGUUCAGCGCGUAUCCAUAAGUUGCACGGACAACGCAUCAGAUUAGGAGUCGGCCGUAAAGCCGCCGGAGUUACGCGGGUGAAAGCGACGAACGGGAUGCGAUUCUCGGUUUAUCGCCGUGCGGAUUUAUGCGACGCGCUCCGGCGGAAAUUAAAAUACGCCGCGCCCGUAUUGUCCGCCGGAUCCUCCGCUGCACCGGCGCCCGAUCGCAUCCGAUUCGAAAUUCGAAAUGCCGUUCGAAAAUAU